CAUUUAGCACCAAAGGGCGAACCCUGAUCCGCCUCACUCCCCAGGAGAAAAACAUAUGUGCCAGUGCCUCUGAGGAAGCUUUUCUCACCAGCAGCCUCAGCACUCACCUCCUCCCUGCCCUCUACUCCGUGGUGCUGCUCGUGGGGCUGCCAGCCAACGCUCUGGCCUGCUGGGUCCUGGCCACCAAUUUCAAGAGGUAUUCCAGCACCCUCUUCCUGCUCAACCUGGCUGCUGCUGACCUGCUCUUUGUCCUCUUGCUGCCCUUCAAGAUCUCCUACCACCUCCUGGGCAACAACUGGGUCUUUGGGGACUACCUGUGCCGCACCAUGAUGGCCUUCUUCUAUGGGAACAUGUACAGCUCCAUCCUCUUCCUCACCUGCAUCGGCCUGGAGCGCUACGUCUCUGUGGCACACCCAUUCCUGUGGAAGAGCUCCAGCUGGACAAGGGGCAAGGGAGCCAUCUGUGUAGCCAUCUGGCUGGUGGUCGGGCUGGGCAUGAUCCCUCUGCUUUUGCACUCCCAGACACAUCAUAUCUUGAGCCUGAACAUUACAACAUGCCAUGAUGUCCUCGAAAAGGAAACCCACAAGUUCUUGAGCUACUUUUUCCUCUUCCUGGUGGGGCUGGGCUUUGGCUUGCCUUUUGUGCUCAUGACCAUCUCCUACAGCUGCAUCCUGGUACGGCUGCUGGCCAAGGAUAAAUGCUACGGGCAGGUGGUGCGUGUCCUGGCCCUGGUCCUCCUGGUCUUCAUCGUCUGCUUCACCCCCAGCAAUGUGCUACUCUUCAUCCAUUACAUGCUGGAGCCCACGGGGUGCCACAACAUGACCUACAUCUGGUAUGCCCUGGCUCUGGUGCUCAGUGCCUUCAACAACUGCUUUGAUCCCUUCAUCUACUUCUACAUCUCCCAGGAUUUUCGGAGCUGGGUCCGGGAUGCAGGAGGUCGCUGCCUGAGAGGGCUUGAGACCUCCUCGGGGAAGUCCUCAGAGAAGACAGACUUGCCCCUGAGGUCCAGUGAGCGAAGUGAGCCAUAG